AUGAAUAAAAAUUGUUUAGAUGAUGAAUAUCCAUCACCUUCACCCAUUGAUGAAAUAAUCAGCCCUAGGAAAAAAUUGUGUGCGGAGAACUCUACACGUAAAAGCUGGAGUUUAAUGGAUAGAAGAACAGAUCAAGAGGUAUUGCAGGAAAUGGGGGUCAGUCUAUUGGAGCAAGACGAGAACGAAGGGCACUGUGACAUGCCAGCAUCUGUCACUUCACACAAGCCAAACCUGAAACGGAAGCACGACAUAGAGAACGUCAAUCCAAACAUCAACAGUUCCAUAACUUCGCCCAGGAGCAGAUACAGCCCAAAGAGUCCUAAGGUCAAAAUAUACAGUGCAAGUCCCGGACCGUCCAAGGCAAAGAGCCCAAGGAGUUCUGAGAAAGCAAAACCUCUGCAAUGUGUCGACUCUUUAGAAACGACACUACUCUCCCACUAUCUGAUAGAGGAGGAGACGCCAUCAGCUCAAGUCAGUGCCCAAUACCUACCGUCUCAUGGUUCCGGCUUCACAUCGGGCAGUACUAGCAGCUGUAGCGGGGGGAAGAAACACAGUUUCACGCCGUUAGGCCUGGAAGAAGAACUAAUAAUCAGCCAAAGAUCGAAGUCUGAACCAGUUGGCAACGACACAUUCUCGGUGCUCUCCGACGAGAUGAUCCUCAGCGUGUUCAGAUGGCUCCCGAAACGCACCCUCGCGCACUGUAUGCUUGUUUGUAAGAGAUGGUACAGGGUGGCCUGUGAUGAGACACUAUGGCAGCGGCUGGAUUUAGGCAACAAAGUGCUGUCCAAGGAUGCACUGGGGAGGAUCCUGGCUAAGAAGCCUGUCAUUGUGAGACUAGCAAGUACAGAGAUAGCAGAAUGGCAUCCAACGACACCAGUAACACAGUCCCGGCUCCAGUAUCUGGACCUUAGCAUGUGCACCGUUGACCAUGAAACUCUCAGCUGUCUAAUGGAAAGGUGCACUGGCUUAAAAAAGUUGAGCCUGGAGAGUGUACAGCUGGAGGACAGCACAUGCAAGUUGAUUGGUAAAUGUACCACUCUAGAAACUUUGAACUUAACUAUGGCUCAAGGUGUCACCGCUGAAGGAUUGGAGGCGAUAUUGAAAGGAUGCGUCAGCUUACAGUCUCUCAACAUAUCGUGGUGUAACCUGAACGAGGCCGCUUUACAGCUAAUGGUGACCACGCUGCCGCAGAAGUUGCAGCGGCUCAAUGUUGGCGGCGCGAGGAUAAUGACUGACGAAAUGGUACAGAAGCUGGUGGAGCGGUGUCCCCGCCUGCUGGAGCUGGACGUGUCGGACUGCUCCCGGCUGGGCGCACCCUCGGUGCUGGCCAUCCUCAACCUGGCGCGCCUGGAGCAUCUCGCACUCAGUCGCUGCUACUUGCUGCCUCCACAUGUGCUCACGAAACUAAGCAGUAUGCCGUCCCUCCAAUACCUUGAAGUGUGGGGGAUGCUCCAGUCGGGCUCUCUCAACGCGUUACGUGCGGCUUUACCCGCGAUACAGAUCAACCAGUUUAUGUUUAGUGCUAUAGCGAGACCCACCGUUGGUGCCAGGAGAACUUCCAUAUGGGGCCUUCGCACCAGAGACUGA